UUUUUACAAAUAUAUAUAUAUAUAAGAAAAUUGUUUUUCUUAUGACAAAUAUAGCACAACAAAGUUUGAAUUGAAUUUUUAACAGGAUUUGUUUUUUCAGUGGAAAGAUGAAGUUUCAAGCAAGUUGUGUUUUAAUUUGUCUCUGCUUGAUAGCUUGUCUUGUAAAGCAAGGCGAAUCAGCUACAAGACCUCCCGGACCUGCUGCCGGGAGUUCAGGUUCAGGAACUGGUACAGGUUCUGGUGGAAGCUCUGGUUCAGGAUCUGGUUCUGGUGGAAGCUCUGGUUCGGGAACUGGUUCGGGUUCUGGCGGUAGCUCUGGUUCAGGAACUGGUUCUGGCGGUAGCGGUGGUUCGGGAACUGGGGUUCUGGCGGUAGCUCUGGUUCAGGAACUGGUGCGGGUAGUGGAUCGGGGACCGGUGGUGGUGGUGGUGGUGGAGGGUCUUCAGCUGUUCAUGUAAGCGGUGUCAUGGUUGCAUUGGCUGGAGUUCUUGCAUUUAUUCAUAACACAAAGGCAUCUUUCUAAGGCUCAAAACGUUUUGAGAUACAUUUUAGAACUUGAUACUUGUUUGGGUGUUAUACUGUCACAAGUCCUCCGUGGAUAUAUGAUGACGAAAUGUGAUCAUUUUCUAAUUACCUAUAAUUACACGUACUUGUCAAUAACAUGUUUUGCUUAUAUUACCCUUCAUGUCACCAAGCCCUAUCAUUUUUAUGACGGUAAAAGAUGACGAAAUCAACAACAAAGCGGUUGACUUUCUGAUUACCCAAAUACAACGUUUAAACAUUAAAGAUAA